AUGAAAGUAUUCUUUUCUUUUGACAUCGAUGCGAUUCGGGCCGCUGACUGUCCCGGCGUCAGCUGCCCUUCUCCGAUCGGUUUGACGGCUGAGGCAGCGCUGCAGCUCUGCAGGCUGGCGGGCCAGUCAUCCUGUGUCAGCCUAUUCGAUAUAUCCGAGUUCAAUCCGACGAUGGAGAAAGACAGGACUUCCCGCCUGGUGUGCACUAUGUUGUAUUACUUUUUGGUUGGCUUAGCGGAGCGAAGCAAGCAUCAGCCUACGCCAUAG